AUGAAGCAUGGUAGGACAGCACUGAUGAAUGCUUGCUGGCGUAAUGCAUUGGAUGCAGUAAAACUGUUGUUAUCUAAAUCUGCAGACAUUAGUCUUCGUGACGAGUUGAAUUGUUUGAUUUAUGGUGCCUUACUUGUCAUUGCAACUGAGAAACCCUCAUAUAAUGAGAAUGCAAUGUUUAGGAUAUUGAAAGUGUAUAGUGAAGAUCUGAAAUCACAGGAAGAUAAAAGAAGAGCGUUAACAAUUAUCAAACUUUUACUUGAGAAUGGCAUCGAUAUGACGUCACCCAACAAGGACCAGAAGACACCAAUUGAGUAUGUCACAGGUUUGAUAGGAACAGGAAGUGACGUACAGAACCAGUAUUACAAGGAGGCCGGGAUAUUAUUACAGGAAGUUAAAGAGGAAAGAGAUUAUAAGACACUGUUAAAACAACCUGGUGUACCCCUGAAAACAGUGAAAUUGUACAUAUUAGGACAUGGCGGAACGGGAAAGUCAACUCUAAUGAAUUCUCUAUCAGCAAACACGGGCGUUGUACCGUCAUUUCUAAGAAAACUUAAAUCUCAAGCAGGGCCUGUACCUGGAACAGAAGUACACGAAAAAACGCCAGGAAUUAGCAUAAAUGACUUGAAAAUCUCAGGAAAGCAGUUUAAUACUUGGGAUUUUGCAGGUCAUCAGAAUUUUUUGUGUGUCAUGACUAGUAAGUGGAGUAUGAUGAUGAAGGCGACAAAUAAAUCAUGUCUACCCGAUGACUUGAAAAGCAGACUUUCUGUUAUAUUGGUUGCAAGUAAAGCAGACUGGGCGAAAAUAGAGAAUUGUGAAGAAGAAGCUCGUAGAGUUGCAGAAGAAAUAAAAAUGGAACUUACCAAGCUCUUCGGCAAAUAUUUAGAUAUAGAAGACAUCAUAUUGAUUCUUGACUGCCAUGAUCCUGACAGCGCUGGGAUGAAAAAGUUACGAAAGAUUCUGAAGAUUAAGAGAAUAGAGAAAAUUGAGAAAAUAAAGUACAUGCCUAAUAUCUGCGCUGAGAUUCUGAAGAUGCUUGGUACAUGGUUUCAGGAAAGAAUAAUGUUUCCUGUAAUGUACUGGAAUGAAUAUAUAGAGUGCAUAAAACAACAGAUCAACUCAACCUUGGAAGAUGAUUUCUUGGUCAUAGCUACAGAGUUUUUACAUCGUAUUGGUAUGGUACUUUACAUGAAGUGUAGAACAUCACCAGAGGGACAAGACAUUGUUAUAUUGGCACCAAAAUGGUUCUGUGAUGAAAUACUUGGCCCAAUCUUCGCGUCGAAGAAAUUUGAUCGAUACCCAAAACAUUUGAAAAGAAAACAGAUUUACACAAAAAAAGAUAUUCAGCAGGUCCUCGAAGGAAAUGUUGUCGUUGAUGUAGAUUUACUCGUAAACCUCCUGCAAAAUGUUUUCCCUCAACUUCAAACACGUCUUCAUGUCCACUUCACUGCUUUGGGACGCCCACCAAGUGGAAUAUGGAAAGACGGAAUCAAGAUCUGCAAAGGCGUGGAAGGACUGGUACAACUAAGCUCUAACGGCCGGGCUGUGAACGUAGUGGUGAGGUGUGAAAGUAAACAAGAAAUAGGAGAUUGUUUUGAGGUGUUGGAAAUGGUUAGCUAUGAUAUACAACAAGUGUUACAUUCUGCCUGCCCUGGUACCGAGGUUGAUAGAUAUGUCUUGAGUGCAGAAUCAUUGAGAAGCAAUGAGAAACUUGAAGAUGUAUGCUACUAUACAUUAGAUGAAAUCCGCGAAGCCGAAAAUAAGAAAACCAAUGUGUAUCAUAAAACUGCCGGUAAAGAAGAAAAAGUGACAGACCUCAUAAUGCCUGGAUUUGACACAACUUUCCUGAAAGAGCAAGGUAUGAAAUGCGACGUUAAAUGGCUGCCUCAUAAAACAAGACAAACAGUUAUAAAACAUCUCGAGCCUGAAGACCCAAUGUGGCAGGAUCAUAGAAUCAUGGCACAGCAUAUGGGAAUUGGACAUGAUGAUAGAAAGUUGUUUGCAGCACAAGCUAAAACGCGUGGUACAGAUGUUACUGAGCUUUUCCUGUCUGAAUGGUCAGCCAGGUGGGAAGAGAAAGUGAGACGAGAAGGUGAUAAAGUAGUGAAAUAUGUCAAAAAGAAAGGCGUCUUUUAUGAAAGUAGUAUAGAAAACCUCUUGAAGAUAAAUAAUGAAUUUCUGCACCACCAUGAUGUCACAUGUGCUCUUGAGAGUGUAUUCAAGAAAGAUGAAUAA